UCAGUCGCUCCUGUAGCUGCAGCAGCUUUGUGUUCGUACGGUCUUUUUUCUCUUACUGCCGUGACACGUUUAGAGAGGACGCCGACAGAGUGUCUCCUCUGUCUGAUCGAGGAGGUUCUCAGAAGAAACUGGUGGAAAACGCCUGUUGAGAUGAGGAGGAGAAAACUCUUUUGAGGGUUUUUGAUUUCAGAAACUUUGCAGAACCUUUGCUUUGAAGAAUAUUCCUUCAUUAUCCAGCAGGUUACCUGCCGUCACAGAAGGAUUACCUCGCUCUGUUUUGCGGAUGUACAGACAGCUGCGGCCGACCACCGGCUUCUUCUUCUUCUCGCUAUAAUUUCCGUGGAUGUCUCAUUCGGCACUCGCCAUGCUGGAGCACCUGCCCUGUGUCCGCAUUGACCCUGCCCCUUUCAGGCCUCAGCCAAUCAGCAGCAACAUGGAUGAGAGAGCCAUACGGUUUGAGCUGGAGCGCCAGGCCUGUCAGAGUCUCAGACAAGUCCUCCAGCUGAAGCUGCAACAGAGACGGACGAGAGAAGAGCUGGUCAACCAGGGAAUCAUGCCGCCACUGAAAAGUUCAGCCACCUUCCACGAGCAGAGACGGAGCCUGGAACGAGCCCGGACUGAGGACUAUCUGAAGAGGAAGAUCAGGAGUCGCCCGGAGCGAUCUGAGCUGAUCCGGAUGCACAUCCUGGAGGAGACGUCAGCUGAGCCGUCCCUGCAGGCCAAGCAGCUGCAGCUGAAGAGAGCUCGCAUCGCCGAUGAUCUGAACGACAAGAUCUCCCACCGGCCGGGACCCAUGGAGCUGAUCCACAAAAACAUCCUGCCUGUGCACUCCAGUAUUAAACAGGCCAUCAUAGAGACACGGUUUCCUAAGGCUUCAGGUGAUAACUCAUCAUGUGAUGAGGACAGUAAUGACAGUCUGUCUCCAGAACAGCCGGGAGGCCGGGAGUCGCCUCUGGGUCAGGCGCCGCUGCCGUCUCCCCCGGAGACCGUGGCAGGGAGCGGCGUCCCGUCUCCCGCACAGGCCCCUCCUCCAGCUUUGUCUCUCCCCCCGCUCUCCGGAUCCUCCCCCUCGCUGACGCUGACCAAUGGGACGGCAACGCCAUCUGUCCAGAAGAUGGGCGCCACCUCUCAGAUGAAGUCGCAGCCUAAACCGACGUCUGAGCGCUCUGCGCAGAGACACAAGAAACCCAAGGACAACAAGCCAAAGAUAAAGAAGUUAAAGUACCAUCAGUACAUCCCCCCCGACCAGAAGGGAGAUAAAGAGCCUCUUCCUCAUCUGGAUUCCCCUUAUGCCAAAAUCCUGCAGCAGCAGCAGCUUUUCCUGCAGCUGCAGAUCCUCAGUCAGCAGCAGCAGCACUACAACUACCAGGCCAUCCUGCCGGCUCCAGCCAAACUCCAGAAGAAUCAGCAGCCAUCUUCUUCUUCCUCCUCCAAUUCCACGACCGCCUCCUCCCCGCCUCGACCUCUCGCCGCCCCCUCAGCUUCGGCCUCCGCCCAGAGCGUUCACAGCCAUCAAAGCUCCGCUCCUCCCGCUGGGACCAAACCGGUGUCUCUGCCUCCGAACCUGGACGAGCUGAAGGUGGUGGAGCUGAAGUGCCAGUUGAAGCUGCGUAGCUUGCCGGUCUCCGGCACCAAGAACGACCUCAUCGAGAGGCUGAGGACCUACCAGGAGCUGAACGGAGGCGGCGACACUACCGCCUCUCCGACAGCAGGGGGUGCCGCAGGGCCAGGGCCCGAAGGAGCCGGGAGAUCCUCCAAAAGUGCUGCAUCCUCCAGCAGCAGCAGCAGCAGCAACAACAACACAGCACAACAGUUUGAGUUUCAGUGCCGGCGCACGUCCUCUCUGACAGCUGAUGAAGGCAGCGGUGGGACGCCGCCUGUAGCCACUCCUCAGCAGCUCAUGACCUGCGGUGGCGCCGCGUCACCGCCACCCGUCUCCCUCGCCCUCUCUGGCCGCCCGCCGGCCGCCAUCAGUCCGGCGGAUCCCGGCUUCACCGGCGACCUUCUGGGAGAAACGAUGAGUUCACCUCUCACCCAGCUGAGUCUUCAGCCACGUUCAGCUGCUCGACUUCCCGCCAAUAUUAAAGAGGAGCGCCCGUGCUCCACCCCCGCUCCCUGCCAGUUCUCCCUGCAGAAACACCGCCCCGUGUCAUCAGCUGCCCCCACCGCCACGACCACGGCUCCGCUACUGACUGUCGACAAAGACAAGAUGCUGCAGGAGAAGGACAAGCAGAUCGAGGAGUUGACCAGGAUGCUGAGGCAGAAGCAGAGGCUGGUGGAGGUGCUGAGGAUGCAGCUGGAGCUGGGCAAGAGAGGAGGACGAGUGUCGGAGCCAGUGGUUCUGGUAAGAGUAAAACAAGAACCUCCUGAUAAGCCCAGCGUGUCUCUCUCAUCUGGUCGCCCUCCCUCCUCGCCUCAGACCUCAUCGUCAUCAUGUGACAUGGACGACACCAAGGUUACUGUCAAACAGGAGGCCACGGAGACGGAGGAGGUUGUGUGUGAGUCCCUGGACUCUCGUGGAUUACCACGGUCUUACUCCCAGACGCAGGAGGCCCGGGAGCAGAUUCAGCUGCACAUCAAGCCGCAGACAAAACAAGAACAACGUGUCUGUCUCCAGCAGAACGCUCUGCAGCUGGCCCAGCAGCAGGCCAUACAGAAACUCCUGCUGCAGCAACAGCACAACAUUCACACCCAGCAGCAGAACCGCAAUCGUCCGACGCCCGAGAGUCAGCAGAACCUGCAGAAACUCUCUCAGCAGAGGAAGAGGAAAUCUCACAAGCAGCAGCUCAAACAGCAGCAGCAGAAGCAGCUGCUACAACAGCACCAUCAGUCCAGACAACAGCAGCAGCAGAUGCAGCUCAAGCAACAGAUUCUCAUGAAGCAACAAAAGUUGCUGUUGCAGCAGCAAAUGAAGCAGCAGCAGCAGAGUAAACAACCACAACAGAUCCAGAUCCAGACCAAGAUACACCUGAAGCAACAACAGGUGCUCAUACAACAGAAACAACAGGUGCAGCAGCAGCCGCCACAGGUGUCUUCAGAGUGCGUCAACCAGCAGUCGGCCUCGGCCCCCUCUUUCCCGCUGGAUCUCCUUAAGACCGAGUCCACCCCGGCCCUGGUCAGGGACAGCAACGGUAACCACUUCCUGAUUGCACUGACCAAUCACAUCACUGAGAACCAAAGUCCUGAUGCACCUGAGGGAAAAGCAACCAAUCACAUCACCCUUCAGCGACUACAGUCGACUCCGGCUAAACUCCCAGGUCAUAAACCCGUCCAGCUGCUCAAAGCCGAUGAUCAGUCCAAACAGAGCGUGCUCAUGGGAUUCCAGAAACAACAAAACACAAAGGCGCCGGACGGGAACCUUCAUGUGUCUGUGGACCAACCGCAGCAGGAAGCUGCUCAGAGUUUGUCUGCGCCGCCCAGUCUGCAGCCUUUCUUCCAGGACCAGGACUCAGCUCCCUCAGGGAAAAACACCUCAUCACCUUCCUCUCAAACUGAGGUCUGCUCUAGUCUGGAUAUCUUGUUUAGUCCUCUGUCUCCAGCUUCUAUUAAGACGGCUGCCUCGUCGCCUGAUAACAAAGAUACAGAGCGUGAAGAUGAUUUUAUUGACAUCAUUUUGCAGACAGGAGAACUGUCGACCUCCUUCACGCCAGCGCCGGACCCGUCUCUGGACAGUCUCGACCCAAACUCCUCCGCCCCUUCCCCUCCUCCCUCCCCGCUCCAGCUGUUGCUCUCACCCCCCGUCCAGCCCAGCUGUGACACCCAGCUGUCCGCCCCCCCACUGCAGUCUGAGCUUCAGACUCUGGUCGCCACCACAGAGGAGAAGCAGCACCUCAGCAACCCUGGGAGCGGACGCCUGGAGGACUUCCUCGAAAGCACCACCGGGAAGCCCCUCCUGGGGGUGGAGCCCGGGGGCCUGUUGACGUUGAUUGAUGACCUCCACAGCCAAAUGCUGUGCACCCCCAGCAUUCUGGACCAUCCCCCGUCUCCCAUGGACACCUUCAGCAUGGACGCUGAGGGCGAGCAAGGGCUGGACAGUAUGGAUUGGUUGGACCUCACCAUGGGACGAGCGAGGGAAGAGGAACCCCCCACGCUGGCCCCGCUGGGCCCCCAAACACCCCCUAGUGUCUUUUCCACAGACUUCCUGGAAAGUUACGACAUGCAGAUACACUGGGACUCCUGCCUGUAGCUGCACAACACACACACACACACACACACACACACACACACACACACACACGUAAUUGAUCGCUGAGGCUUCAGUAUCUGAUUCGAGCGCUCUCUCUGUGUCUUCUCACACGCUGGUUAUUGAAUCUUCAAGCACUUUGACCUUUUAUUUAUUUUAUUUACACACUGCAGUAUUGAUUCCUGCGCAGACACUUAUCAGGCAGGUCCUACAGCUGUUCUUGCUUCUUUAGUAAGAGUGGAUCCAGUAGGUGCUGAGGCACUUUGAACUGAGCCUCGUACCUUGUUAGUUACAUAUAAAUUCCUCUUCCCUCUGCUUUGUUGCCAUGGAGAGGUAUAUCGGUUUAUUUGACCUUUGUCUAAUUAAAACUCCUUCUCAGCUGCCUUUUGGCCUAAAGAUAACCUAUAUCCCACCACUACAGGGGAGAGAUAUAGGUAAUCAAUAACCAAAGUUAAGAGAGUGAUUUUCCAGCACCUUAACUGUCGGACGGAGGGAGGAGCAGAGACGCUGCUCUCCAAAGCUACACGGCCAAUCUGACUGAAAUACAUCGUAAUCUGAGGCGACACUUUCCUCAGUCUCGUGUUUUCCGUAUCAGUCUUUGGCAUCUGUUGUACACGUCUUUAAAAUGUCACGGUGGUGAUAUCGCUCCAUCCAGGUGCUCGGUUCACACAGCCCACACCUGCCCACAACAAACAAAAAUGCUUUAUGGAAAUCAGUGUUUUCACCGACCAGUUGUUACUCAGAAUUAUGAAAAACUCAAAAGUCAAAACCUUGACUUUCGGUGUUACGGGUACAUUUCCAGUGUAGCAGCGCAGUGACAUGAAGUAGAUGUUCAUCAUUAUAAGUGAUGUAUAAAAACCUGCUCAGCAUUCAGGCUUGAGCUAAACUGAAGGUUUAGUUUUCCCAUAUUUAGAAGAAGAAAAUCCCAAAGAAACAUCUCACACACUUUGUUUAUGAGGAAAAUAUUUUCCUCUAGCAACAGCGCACAGCAUUAUUCUGAGUGAAUGUUUGAGUGAGUUAAAGUGGAUUCAUUUGCCUGAUUUCAGAUUUUUCUUGAAGAUAAAAGGUAUUUGAACAGGCGGUGUCGUGCUGUGUGAAGUGAUGUACAGAACGCACCGAGGUGCGAGACGUUGAUUCCUGCAGGUGACGACAACAACAUAAACACAAGCGGUUCGAUUUAUUCGGCACGAUUUCAAAGAGAAAAUGAAAGUGAUAUUUCAUAUUUUGACCUUUUUCAGAUUAUUGUUCAAUUUCUUGUGAGAAUUGCACUUUGAACACGUCCCACGUGGAGCCCAGUGUCUUAAGUUCUUUGUGGUAUUUAUAUUUGAUGUGCGUGUCUUUGGUAUGAAGCUCUCUGAAUGUAAACAUGUGGGAGUAAUGUUUAUGCGUUACUGCACCUUACACCAACCUCACAGCUCGACGUGACUCCACAUCUGCUCCCAUAAUGCUUCAUGUUUGCAUCUAACAGGUCCGGUGGUCAGUUAGGACGAUUCACGCUGACGUCUCACUCCUUCUCUGACUUCACUUAAUGGAUGAAUGCAAACAUGUUAUAAAGGGAAGGGAAACUCCUGCAGCUUUAUAAAGUCGUGACACAUGAUUCAGUGCGAUGAAAUGCUUUCAUGACGAGGAUUUUUCUAAUUAUUUUCUUUUUAAUAAACACACAGGUGUUUAUUUGAAUAUAUAUCUGGCUGUCCUGUACUGUAUCAGUACUUUAGCCGGGGGAGGGGGAGACAUUUUAUUUCCCUCCUCGAGAUUUUACACUGCUGUAAUUUACCAGUUCUGACACUGAAAAUGUAGAAAAAGACACGUGUUACACUCUGGUGAUACAGGUGUGAUACAGGUGUGAUACAGGUGUGAUACAGGUGCUGUGUGAACUGUGACUAAUUAUGUAUCUCUGACAAAAGUCUGUAUUGUGAAUCCAGAACACACACACAAGUUCAUUUCUGAUUCACACCAUCUUUUGUAUUUAUCAUGUCACACUUUUUAUUCAGUCUGUUCAAAAUAAAUUCUUUUAGCUAGUUUUGCCAUGAAGAUUGAAAUCUGUUGAAGCCAUAUUGUGUCAGCUGUUUGCAGGUUUUACUGGUGGUUUUGAAAUGUGACGGGGAUGCAAAAUGGUGCGACUGACGGUCCAAACCUUUUGCAGUAUUGUUCUUUCUGACGGUUUGUGUUUUAGAGUUUGUUUGUACAGUGUUUGUUCCUCCUUGUUUUCUUUGCUCACAGACUCGCUGCUUUAAGGAGAGAUGUUUAACUACUGUGCAACAAGACUCAUCAGUUUCACUGUGCAAACACAAACUGAUGACUUUCUUUCUUCUGAUGUUGAUGGUACAGAUACUGUGUGAACAGUCCGGUGUUUGGCUACAUACUGUAAAAUACUGAUUUUAAAUAGUGAGGAUCACAUGUGCUGGAUUCAUUCACCUGUCGUGUGUUUCUGGAUCUUUUUAAGGAGGAAGUGUCAAACACCUUUCAACCUGUCAAACUGAGGCCUUUUAAAUGAGUCAGUGUUUUUAUUUUCUGCUGUAUUAGUCUGUAAGGAGUCAUGGGAAGUUUUGGGCAAACUGCUUGAGUUAUUUGUGUAUUUUAAAUGUAAGUAUUUCUUUUCUAAAAAAUAUAAAAUAAACAAAACAAAAAGGGAUUUAUUAAUAAAAAAAAUACAAGGAAAAGACA